UCUCAAGAGCGAAUGUCAAGUGUGAGCGGGUAAUUAAUAAAACACACAAUAGCAGAUAACGCGAUGUUGUCAUCAUAAGGUUGAUAAACGUCGAAUGGUUCUCACUAUGAAAAAGUGGCUAAUCUAUUUUUUCGGUUUAGGCGUCCUCUGUCGAAGCGAAAUGUGCGAUUUUGUGCUGGUGACGAGAGAGGAAUGGGGCGCGCGACCUCCGACGGACGUGCAGAGCAUGCAGGAUCCGGUGCCGUACGUUAUCAUCCACCACACCUACCAGCCACCGGCUUGUUCGUCAACCGAAGACUGCAUAAAGGCGAUGCAAUCGAUGCAGGACUCUCACCAGAUUGAUCAAAAGUGGGAAGAUAUCGGGUACAAUUUCGUUGUCGGGGGUGAUGGCAAAGCAUACACCGGUCGCGGUUGGUCGGUCGUUGGAGCACACUCACCCAGUUACAACAACCAAAGCAUCGGCAUAUCCUUAAUCGGCGAUUGGAGAGUCGAGCUGCCGCCACCAAAUCAGAUUCAGACAGCGCGUAAAUUAAUCGAAUGCGGUGUGCAAACGGGAAAGAUACGGCCUGACUACAAACUGUACGGGCACCAACAGGUGCGACAAGGAACCGAGUGCCCCGGCCAACGAUUACUCGAUGAAAUUUCAACGUGGGAUCAUUUCUCGAAAACACCCCCGUUCGUGUGGGUGCCCAACGAGAUACCAACAUAGUCAAUUUUUGUACUGAUAUAGCAAAAUAUACAUUUAUUUUUA